AUGGGUUCCGAGGCAUCAUCUCCAAGUCAGAUCUUCGCAGCAGCCAAGAGUGUAGCCACACACCGACAGAUGACUGUGGAGCGAGUGUUAGAGAUCACAGUUGCCAACGCAAUGUAUCUCUACAGAGGGCAGUCCCAGUGUUUGGCAAAAAACGUCAGUUGGGCAUGGUUAGAUGACCAUGAAAGAAGUUUUGGACAUUUUAUUGAUGGAAAAUGGGUGAAACCAGAAGGCAGGAAAGUAUACCAAUCCAAAAACCCAGCAACAGGUCAGAUCCUUGCUUCAACAUUACAGGGCACACAGGAGGAUGUAGAUCUGGCUGUGAAGUCAUCUCGUAAAGCUUAUGAAUCAUGGAGUAAAACACCACCCCAUGUCAGAGCUAGAUACAUGUACAGUGUGGCAAGACAUAUCCAAAAGCAUCAGCGUCUAUUGAGUGUUGUAGAAGCUAUGGAUAAUGGAAAACCAUUCCGCGAGACUCGUGAUGCAGAUAUUCCUGUUAUGGUAAGACAUUGGUACCACCAUGCUGGCUGGGCUCAACUCAUGGAUACAGAGAUGAGAGGAUGGCAGUCUGUUGGUGUGAUUGGAGCCAUAGUUCCUUGGAACUUUCCACUGAUGUUGCUUACAUGGAAAGUGUGUCCAGCUCUUGCUAUGGGCAACACAAUAACUCUUAAACCUGCCACCUACACGAGACUGUCUGCCCUGCUGUUAGCCGAGAUUUGCUCAGAGGCAGGACUUCCCCCUGGUGUGUUCAAUGUGAUCACAGGAAGUGGACAGAUGGGAAGCAUGCUGGCAGCACAUGAAGAUGUUGACAAAGUGGCUUUCACAGGCUCAACUGGAGUAGGGCAGACACUGAGAAGAUUGAUUGCUGGUACUGGCAAGAAGUUGUCACUAGAACUGGGAGGUAAAUCUGCAGUGAUUGUGUUUGAGUCAGCAGAUCUAGACAGUACAGUGGAAGGUCUGGUUGAUGCCAUAUGGUUUAAUCAGGGACAGGUAUGCAGUGCUGGGUCAAGGCUUCUUGUUCAGGAAUCGGUCUAUGGAAGAUUAGUUGGAAAAUUGAAAACCAGACUGACUCACUUCAGAGUAGGUGACAGUCUAGAUAAAACUAUAGACAUGGGUGCCAUUGUGGAUGACUCACAGAAAAAAACUAUAGAUGAGUUUGUUGAAGAUGCACGCAGAGAAGGGGCAGAGGUUUAUCAGGCUACAGCCUGCAUUCCAACUAGAGGCUGUUUUUAUCCUCCAACACUUAUCACAAAUGUACAGACUGUGUCUAGAGUUGUAGCAGAAGAGAUAUUUGGUCCAGUAUUGGUGGUGUUACCCUUCAGAACAGCCAAGGAAGCAAUAACAUUGGCUAACAACUCAAUGUACGGUUUGGGUGGCAGCGUGUGGACAGAAAAUGUCUCCCUGGCCAUGGAAGUUGCUAUCAGUAUUAAAACUGGGACAAUGUGGGUAAACUCUCACAACAUGUUUGAUGCAGCAGCAGGUUUUGGUGGAUACAAACAGAGUGGGUAUGGUAGAGAUGGAGGCAAGGAGGGAUUGUAUGAGUAUGUGAGGCCUUCCUGGGAGUCAAGACCACGUCCGGCUAGUGUUGAACUUGACCUGAAAACAUUUGGUGCAACUAUAGCCAACAGACCAACAUUGGGUAAUGGUACAAACGAUGGCCAAAUACCGAAGAUUGACCGCACAUACAAGAUGUAUUAUGGGGGAGCCCAGAAGAGACCAGAUGCUCCCUAUGCACGUCCGGUGAUAAACCCUGACGGUAAAGUGGUUGGCCAUGUUGGAGAGGGUAACAGGAAGGACAUCAGAAAUGCAGUUGAGGCUGCCCAUAAUGCUGCUCCUGGCUGGGGCAAGAGAGCUGCACACAAUAGAGCCCAGAUUGUGUAUUACAUGGCGGAGAACCUAGAGAUACGUAGGGAAGAACUUGCGGGGAGACUUCAAGAAAUGACAGGGAAGACAAUGGAGGAAGCAUUGAGGGAAGUGGAUCUGUCUAUCAACAGAUUGUUCCACUGGGGAGCUUACUGUGAUAAAUAUGGCGGUUCUGUUCAGGAAACAACGUUAUAUGGAGCAACAAUAAAGAUACAUGAGCCGGUUGGAGUGAUCGGUAUAGCCUGUCCGGAUGAUUAUCCUUUACUAGGAUUUGUAUCCCUGUUUGCACCAGCUGUUGUCAGAGGAAACACUAUGGUCAUUAUACCAAGUGAGAGAUAUCCUCUCCUGGCCAUGGAUCUUUAUCAGGUAUUUGAUACAUCUGAUCUGCCAGGGGGAGUUGUCAACAUUAUCACAGGUGACAGGGACCAUCUCACAAAGUUUCUAGCAGAACAUCAGGAUAUACAGUCCAUGUGGUACUUUGGUUGUGCUGAGGGAUCAAAAUAUGUUGAAUACAUUUCUGCAGAGAAUGUGAAGCGAACUUGGGUGAAUUAUGGGUUUGAAAGGGAUUGGGAGGAUCCUGAACAGGGUCAAGGAGAAGAAUUCUUGUACCAGUCCAUACAAGUGAAAAAUAUUUGGGUUCCGAUGGGAGAUGUCUUUGCUAACUAGACUGGUUAAUAAUGAUGAAUAAAGACUGUUUUCAGGGAAAAGUUUUGAAAAUUAUAUAGAUAUGACUUUUAAUGGAAUUGGUAUUGUUAAAGUAGACUGGUUUAGGAAGAAAAUGUCUUUGUAAAUAGACUGGGCUCAGGAGAAAAGGUUUUUUAAACUGGACAGGAUAAUUCUUAACAGCUGGACUGGUAGUACCAAGAUAGUUGAGGAUUCAAACUUAAAUGUUAAAACAAACCGUUAAAAAGAAAUAAAUAUUCUGUGAACAUAUGAAUGUUGAGAGCCUAUUUGUUGUGUCUGUACUUGUUGAUUAUGGCAGCUGUGGUUAACUUUGUAACUUGCUAUUCAAGAGACAACUUUUUUUUAUACACGUAUAAAUAUUCUGGAAGAUAGCAUUGUGUUUAUAAAAAAGAAUCUCCAGUAUUAACUUGUUAUAAGAUAUAAGAUGUACCUUAGUGGGUGGCUUUGUUUUUGUUAGUUAUAGAUUUUAGUGUAUGAACAGUAUUUGUGAUCGGUACAUUUUACAUAGAGCAAUAUUUAGAUACUGGAACAAUCUCAGUGGUACUGCCAUGCAGUAUGUCUAGCCUGAAGUGACAGGAUCUCUCUCUAUACAUUGUCAGUCAGUUUCAGUAUUACAACUGAGAGAUCUUGAUUCUGUUUUCUCAAAUUUUACAUAACAUUUACUUGCAAAUGUUGCUGUUGCUGUUAUGUUAACUAAAAUAUGCUUAGAACUUUAUAAAAUUUGUCAGUUUGUUUGGAAAUUUUAAAACAAUGUUUGAAAUAACCUGUUAAAAUCAAUGCUAAAUUCAGCAAGAAAUUCUUAACUAACCCCAGGUAUUUUGAAAAUUAAAAAAAAAAAUUCCAUUACCAGACAUUAACCUUUAGCCAGCUGGCGGCAAGUGAUUCUGCCUUUGCUACCACAGCCUGCACAUCUGUGCAGGAUGAUCAUGGUCUGCGCUGUUUGCUAUUCAGUCAGCAAAUUUUAGUGAACACCCCUUCAAAUAAUAAAUGGUAUUGCCCAAAUUGAAUGAUGGACCAGUCCAAUGUAGAAAUUUAGCUGGCUAAAGGUUAAGUUCUGUAGAAUGAUGAAUAUUUAUUGAUAUGAUUAGUAUAGUCUUGUAUAAAAGAGAAAUCAGGAAAAACCUUGUAUAGAAUAUUUGGAUGGAACAGUAAGUAAAAAAGUAGAUUUUUCUAAAGUUUUGAUAAAUAUGGACUUCAGUUUUCUUCACAUUUGAAGAUGUGAAAAUGUUUCUUAUGAGAAGUGACUUUGUGAAUAUCUUUAUAGAAUUGAUGACUGCAGGAAAUAUUUUUGUUUAAUGUAUUUUUUGUGAACAGUACUAUAGAGAUGAUUGGGGGAAACAGUUUUGUUUCAUGUACUUUUGGACUUGCUACAGUAAUUUUGUAGCAUCAGCCUAAAUGUAGUUCAGUUUUUGUUAAACUCUGUUUUGUACUAAAGUGUAAUUUAUUUUAUUUUAUUAACUAAUGAAGUCUGAAUAAUUUUAUUUAGUUUGUUUUACUCUUGUCUCAGUUUCAUCAGAUAAGUGUUCUUAUUUUUAUUUUCUUAUUAUGCAAUAAACUGUACAUUUCUUCAGAAAUAUGGUAGAACUAAAGUUUUGCUAUUUUUCACUAUGACCACUUGUAUGUCAAGAAAAUAAAGGUAAAUGUGUUUUUAGCUCACCUGUCACAAAGUGACAAGGUGAGCUUUUGUGAUCGCGCUGUGUCCGUCGUCCGUCCGUCAGUCCGUGCGUCCGUCCGUCCGUAAACUUUUGCUUGUGACCACUCUAGAGGUCACAUUUUUCAUGGGAUCUUUAUGAAAAUUGGUCAGAAUGUUCAUCUUGAUGAUAUCUAGGUCAAGUUCGAAACUUGGUCACGUGCGGUCAAAAACUAGGUCAGUAGGUCUAAAAAUAGAAAAACCUUGUGACCACUCUAGAGGUCACAUUUUUCAUGGGAUCUUCAUGAAAGUUAAUCAGAAUGUUCAUCUUGAUGAUAUCUAGGUCAAGUUCGAAACUGGGUCACGUGUGGUCAAAAACUAGGUCAGUAGGUCUAAAAAUAGAAAAACCUUGUGACCACUCUAGAGGUCACAUUUUUCAUGGGAUCUUCAUGAAAGUUAAUCAGAAUGUUCAUCUUGAUGAUAUCUAGGUCAAAUACGAAACUGGGUCACGUGCGGUCAAAAACUAGGUCAGUAGGUCUAAAAAUAGAAAAACCUUGUGACCACUCUAGAGGUCACAUUUUUCAUGGGAUCUUUAUGAAAGUUGGUCAGAAUGUUCAUCUUGAUGAUAUCUAGGUCAAGUUUGAAACUGGGUCACGUGCCUUCAAAAACUAGGUCAGUAGGUCUAAAAAUAGAAAAACAUUGUGACCUCUCUAGAGGCCAUAUAUUUCACAAGAUCUUCAUGAAAAUUGGUCAGAACGUUCACCUUGAUGAUAUCUAGGUCAAGUUUGAAACUCGGUCACGUGCCAUCAAAAACUAGGUCAGUAGGUCAAAUAAUAGAAAAACCUUGUGACCUCUCUAAAGGCCAUAUUUUUCAUUGGAUCUGUAUGAAAGUUGGUCUGAAUGUUCAUCUUGAUGAUAUCUAGGUCAAGUUCAAAACUCGGUCACGUGCCAUCAAAAACUAGGUCAACAGGUCAAAUAAUAGAAAAACCUUGUGACCACUCAAGAGGUCACAUUUUUCAUGGGAUCUUCAUGAAAGUUAAUCAGAAUGUUCAUCUUGAUGAUAUCUAGGUCAAGAUCGAAACUGGGUCACGUGCGGUCAAAAUCUAGGUCAGUAGGUCUAAAAAUAGAAAAACCUUAUGACCACUCUAGAGGUCACAUUUUUCAUGGGAUCUUUUUGAAAGUUGGUCAGAAUGUUCAUCUUGAUGAUAUCUAGGUCAAGUUCGAAACUGGGUCACGUGCCUUCAAAAACUAGGUCAGUAGGUCUAAAAAUAGAAAAACCUUGUGACCUCUCUAGAGGCCAUAUAUUUCACAAGAUCUUCAUGAAAAUUGGUAAGAACGUUCACCUUGAUGAUAUCUAGGUCAAGUUCGAAACUCGGUCACGUGCCAUCAAAAACUAGGUCAGUAGGUCAAAUAAUAGAAAAACCUUGUGACCUCUCUAAAGGCCAUAUUUUUCAUGGGAUCUGUAUGAAAGUUGGUCUGAAUGUUCAUCUUGAUGAUAUCUAGUUCAAGUUUGAAACUGGGUCGCGUGCUGUCAAAAACUAGGUCAGUAGGUCUAAAAAUAGAAAAACCUUGUGACCUCUCUAAAGGCCAUAUAUUUCAUGACAUCUUCAUGAAAAUUGGUCAGAACGUUCACCUUGAUGAUAUCUAGGUCAAGUUCGAAAGUGGGUCACGUGCCUUCAAAAACUAAGUCAAUAGGUCAAAUAACAGAAAAACCUUGUGAGCUCUCUAGAGGCCAUAUUUUUCAUGGGAUCUGUAUGAAAGUUAAUCUGAAUGUUCAUCUUGAUGAUAUCUAGGUCAAGUUCGAAAGUGGGUCACGUGCCAUCAAAAACUAGGUCAGUAGGUCAAAUAAUAGAAAAACCUUGUGACCUCUCUAAAGGCCAUAUUUUUCAUUGGAUCUGUAUGAAAAUUGGUCUGAAUGUUCAUCUUGAUGAUAUCUAGGUCAAGUUCGAAACAGGGUCAUGUGCGGUCAAAAACUAGGUCAGUAGAUCUUAAAAUAGAAAAACCUUGUGACCUCUCUAGAGGCCAUACUUGUGAAUAGAUCUCCAUAAAAAUUGGUCAGAAUGUUCACCUUGAUGAUAUCUAGGUCAAGUUUGAAACUGGGUCACGUGCCAUAAAAAACUUGAAACUGGGUCAUGUGCGGUUAAAAACUAGGCCAGUAGGUAUAAAAAUAGAAAAACCUUGUGACCUCUCUAGAGGCCAUAUUUUUCAUGAGAUCUUCAUGAAAAUUAGUGAGAAUGUUCACCUUGAUGAUAUCUAGGUAAAGUUAAAAACAGGGUCACGAACCUUCGAAAACUAGGUCAAUAGGUCAAAUAAUAGAAAAACCUAGAGACCAUAUUUUUCAAUGGAUCUUCAUGAAAAUUGGUCAGAAUUUUUAUCUUGAUAAUAUCUAGGUCAAGUUCAAAACUGGGUCACAUGAGCUCAAAAACUAGGUCACUAUAUCAAAUAAUAGAAAAAACGACGUCAUACUCAAAACUGGGUCAUGUGGGAAGAGGUGAGCGAUUCAGGACCAUCAUGGUCCUCUUGUUUCUUUUAAUGUCAAGAAGUGAAGGGUUAAGACAAAAGAAGAAAGAAUUAUGUCAAGAAAUGAAAUGUAAAGAGGGUAAAGUUCUGGAAAGAAAAUUUAAAUGAAACUUUAAUGAGAAUCUAAAAUGUAUGAUUUAAUUUUUACUUCCCUUUAUCAAAAUUUUGCAGGUACAAAAAUGUAGUACAUGUACUUUGUUCUAGACCUUGAAAACAGUAAGAGAAUUGUAUACAAUAAUUAUUCUUAAUCUAUAUGAUAUUGUGUAAUCUAAUAAAAGCUAGUCAGUUUAUUGUGAAAAUCAAAAUGAUUUCAUAAUUAGUAUGUACAUUCCUAUGGUGGGCUCAUUAUGACAGUCAGCCAUUCUUGUUUGAAUACAUUCUAUCAGUGUGUGAUUGCUGUAUUUCCACGCUAGUACCAAAAAAGUCAUUUGUCGUAAAGCCUAGAUUGCCUGGUAGCUGUUUUAAUUAUUAUUAAGCAGAAGUGUGAGGACUCCAACCUAUAUUUGGAGCAUUUUGAUAAAUACAUGUAAAGCUAAAGACCUAUACAUUUAAUUUAUAAUUGAAAAUAGGUGAAAUCUACAGUUUUUCUCUAUACAAGAAAAUGUCAUCAAACAUGUGAUUUUCUAAUAGAAGCAUAUUGUCAGAAUUAAUCAAAGGACCAGUAUUUUCAGUAUGCAGAAAACAAGAUUCAAACACACAACUUACCUUUUUUUAUUAGCUGAAUUUCAAUCAUGUAAACUAUAACGAUACUUAGGAAAAAUACAGUUUAAUAAAAUUCUAUAUUGUAUACUGGUUUCAGAUGUGCUGAAUCAGCCUAAAAUCCAGUGUCCCAUACACUGCAGUUUACAAAUUGUUUUUUUUUCCAUAUUGUUUAGAAAUAUAUUGCACGUCUAAUUUUCAGCAAAAAAUGUGUGUCAUGUGGUCACCUACCUCUUGAUUGUAGGUUUUACUAUAUUGUGCUAGAUAUUAGCACUUGCUACACAUUAGAUUUUUAUUAAUGAUCUAUAGGUGUAAUGCCGAUAUAUUACAUUUUGUUGAGUUUAUGUCUAUGUAAUCAAAUAUUAUUAGAGUUUUCUUUGAACAUUAAAGUAAAGAUAUACUAAA